UGAACAGUGCUCAGCUGAAGUGACUGCCCCACUGUCACUGACUCUCCAUUUGGUACUGUAUAACUCUGUGACUAUCAAGAAGCUUUGUUUUUUUUCCUAUCCCCAAAAGCUCUUUUUGGAAAAUUACCUACAAGAGCUGAAUUUUUAAGCACAUUUACUUGAUAGGAAGCAACAGAAAGGCAAUAUGUCAGCUGAAUCACCAAUCACACUGAAUAUUGAUCCUCAGGAUCUUCAGGUCCAAACAUUUACUGUAGAGAAGUUGCUGGAGCCUCUCAUAAUUCAGGUUACCACACUUGUAAAUUGUCCCCAGAAUCCUUCCAACAGGAAAAAAGGACGUUCAAAAAGAGCCAGAGUCCUCCUAGCUUCUGUAGAGGAAGCAACUUGGAAUUUAUUAGACAAGGGAGAGAAGAUUGCCCAGGAAGCCACUGUUUUAAAGGAAGAGCUUACCGCUGCACUCCAGGAAAUUCGCAAAGAAAGUGAAGCUCUGAAGGUAUCAGCUGAGAGAUUUACAGAUGACCCCUGUUAUCUCCCAAAAAGGGAGGCUGUGGUUCAAGCUGCUCGUGCCUUGUUGGCUGCAGUUACCAGACUCCUUAUCCUUGCGGACAUGAUUGAUGUCAUGUGUCUCUUGCAGCAUGUGUCAUCUUUUCAAAGAACACUUGAGUGCCUUAAAAAUGUUUCCAACAAAUCUGACCUUCAGAAAACCUACCAGAAGCUUGGGAAGGAGCUGGAAGAUCUGGAUUAUUUGGCUUUCAAACGUCAGCAGGACUUAAAAUCUCCAAAUCAGAGGGAUGAAAUUGCAGGGGCACGAGCCACACUGAAGGAGAACUCCCCCCUCUUGCAUUCCAUUUGCUCAGCUUGUUUGGAACAUUCUGAUGUUGCUUCCCUCAAAGCCAGUAAGGAUACAGUUUGUGAAGAAAUUCAGAAUGCCCUCAAUGUAAUUUCAAAUGCUUCCCAAGGCAUCCAGAAUAUGCCGGCCCCAUUGGAACCACAAGCAGAAACCCUGGGAAGUGCACUCGAUGAGCUGGAGAAUUUAAUUGUCCUGAACCCACUCACAGUGACGGAAGAGGAAAUAAGACCAUCACUAGAAAAACGCCUUGAAGCCAUCAUCAGUGGGGCUGCUCUGUUGGCAGACUCUUCAUGUACAAGGGAUUUCCACCGGGAGCGGAUUAUUGCAGAAUGUAACGCCAUUCGCCAGGCUCUUCAGGACCUGCUUUCAGAGUACAUGAACAAUUUUGCCUUAGGUUCAACUCAUCCAUGGGCCAACAAUCUAAGUAAAGAAGAGCUGUCAUUUGAACUCUGGUUGAAAGGAAUAUUUAUUAGAAGCAGAGUGCUAAGAGACAAGGUAAUGUCUAAGUAACAAUCUUUUAGUAGACACGCAGGUGCCAUGUUAGAACUUCAUAAUUGUUCCUUGUAAAGAAGAAAGAAGAAACAAAUGUUAAAGCUGAUUAAGGAAUAUCUGAUACUUAAGUUUAUUUUAAUUUAGAUGUGCAGGUGGCAAAGUUUCAAUUCCAUUUCAGAAGAUGAGGAUCUAUGAGUCAAUUAGUUUGCUAUAAAUUAUGACACACCCAAGACCAGGACUUAUAAAUGUGAAAUGAUGUUACUUUUGUCUUGAGAAAGUUUGUUUCUGAUACAUAGUAAUGUUGUUUUUUGAUGCCUGCCUAAAGGAAUGUAUUGCUUGCUUCUUUGUUUAUGACAUAUGAGUGCUGUGCUUCCUACUUCUGAAUCCUCAUUAAUUCUAAGACUUCUUUUGGGUUUUAAGUGUUUCACUUCCACUCCAGAUUUUACACACUUAAAACACACACAUAUGCAUACAUAUAUUAUUCUGUUGUUUCUUUGUGGAGGUACAUCUGAAGGGGGAAUAAAAACAGUCAUGAAUCUCUGAAAACUUUUCCUGUUAUAACAUGCAAUACAAAUUUUAUAAGCAAAAAUAAUUCCUGGAAUAUCACAUACCCAGAAAAAUGACAUAAUUUUGUGAAUAAGUUUAAACCUUAGUAUCUUUUAUUCUGGAAUUGCAUUUUAAUAUCUGCUUACAUAAAUACAAAAAGCAAAUUAUGUAAUUUUGUUACCUACAAUUUAGUGAUACAUGUCAUGAUUACUCAUACAAAUCCUUCCUUUUAUUAGUCAUAUGAUAACUAAAUUGGCAAGGCUAAGGUGGGAGAUAGGAUAAUAUCGUUUAUACUCUUUUCCAUUUCAUUUUUUUUAAAAAAGAUUUUAAUUAAGCAUAUCCAUUCCUCUGUAUUUUCUCUGAGCAAAUCUAUACAAUUUCAGGACUGCUGUUGGUUCUUGGUAUUCAAUAGCAAUGACAAAGGAACAUUAUAUAGAAACAAAAUUAUAUAGAAACAAAAAUACAAAUUUCUUCAAAAUUGGUUGUGAGAAUGAGGCAGAUUUGGGGGAUGGCUAGGAUCAGAUGGGUUUUAUGUUGUGAUUUAUUAUAAAAUUAAAACAUGUUUCCAAUUUGCAUAUUGUAGGAGGGAUUUUUCAAUCCUAUUUUGUAAGAAACAGAAACUUAAAACUAGUUGAAUGAACAAUCAUGACCCUAAAAGUAAAGAUUAAUGUGGUUUGUGAGAUUACUGAAAUUAACAAAAUGAAAACAUGAUAUUGGGCUUCUAAAUGUAGAUCUGUAUAAGAACAAUCCAAGGUGUUUUAUUGUUGAUGCUUUAUAAUACAGGAAAGGUAACAAAAAUUUAUCCUCAAAAAUAAUAUGUAAACUUUUAUCACAGUAAGUAAAAGACUUUUUAAAAUUUAAAAACUUUUUUUUAUUUUUAAUUUACCACAGUAAUUGUACAUAUUUAUGAGAUAUGAUGUGACGUCUCAAUACAUGUACACAAUUUCUGAUGAUCAGAUCAGGAUAAUUGACCUGUCACCUCAGACAUCUAUCUUUGUAUUGGGUCAUUCAAAAUCCUCUCUACUAGCUAUUUUGAAAUAUCCAACUAAUUGUAACAGACUUUUUCACCUACUUUUGAACAUUGUUUUGAUAACUCCCAGGAAGACAGUCUCUGACAAAUGGCAUUUACAGAAAGCUGUUGCAGUUGCUGCUGUUGCCCUGUUGAUCUGGGUAUUCUAACUUUCUAAACUUUUUGGAUCUGUCCUCCUAUUGCUUCUCAUCCAACCCUUGAUUUUUAGCCACAACUGAAGUGGAGCAAAUAAGAGCGCAGAACUGCUUCUGUUACCAUGCUGAAGUAUUACUUUCAGGCACUUCUACUUUUUGUAGGGUAGGAGGAUGAUAUUGGGGAUUUAACUUAGGAACUCUUAACCAUUGAACCACAACCCUAGCCCUUUCUAAAUUUUGAGACAGGGUCUCACUAAUUUGCUUAGGGCCUUACAAGUUGCUGAUGCUAACUUUGAACUUGAGUUCCUUCUGCCUCAGCCUCCUGAAACUUGCAGGUACUUCUUGAUGUGUCCUUAUUAUAUGCCCCCAGCUGCCUCACCCAAAGAUGGGUUAAUUUCAUUACCUUUUCUUCCCUUAUAGAGACUGAGAGACAUCACACCAGUAAUUUCAGUAUUUAUUUACAAAUUCUUAAGGCAAUUUGGGUGUUACUGUUUUUUCCUAGGAUUUCCUCUCUAAAUUCUUACCUUACCAGAGUUUCUUGAGCUGGGGCUAAGGAUCCAACAGUUUUUCUUUUUCUGAGGACCGUUAGUAUGACUAGAGGAAGCAUAUGUUUCCUUACAAUUGAAGGACUUUUCUCAGAGCAUUUUUCCUCAGUUUUGUUUAGUCUAGGAAUACUUCCUGAAAAUAUGGCCCAAAACUGGUGGGAGACAGAAAAUGAAAAAUCCAGUGAUUUCUCUUCUUCUCUCAACAUCUGUAUAUAUUUCAAACUCUUCCUAGUAAUUAAAAUGUAGUUAUCAUUCCUUUAUUUUCUCUCUCAGCACUACUGUUUAUCUUUUUCUGCUGAUUUCAUUUCCAAAAAGAAACCAAAUUUCUAAAAAUUCAAAUUACAUAAGAUUAAAUUAAACCUAUAAUGUAUCCAUUGUUUAUUUCCUAGAAAUAGAAAUAAAUAAAGGUGACAGGAACUUGUUUUUCACUCUUCAGGAGUUCUAUCUUUGGAUGCAAACAUCUAAAAGGGAUAAAAUUGAAGGUUAAAUAAGUGGUCAAAAAGGAAUGGAAGAAUUGAAAUGAUCUUGUUCUCCAAAUCUUGGUACAUGGAUACUAGAACAAUCCAUGCCAUUAUUUUCACUUUAAAAAAGGCAUGUGUGAUUCAAGAAAAAAGAAAAGCUGCUUUGCUUUUUGUGUGGUCUGUGAAACUUAAUUAUGGACUAUCAGUUGGAAAGAUAUGGUAAAGCGAAAAACAUAUAGUUGGUUCAAAGAAUGAGUUGUUAAUAGAUUUCAUUUUUUAUAAGGAAAAUUGAGAUAGUUUUGAGAUUGUGACCAAUCUUUGAGUUUUAAAUCACAGCUUUUAAUGUCAAAGGCAAAAGUAAUCAUAUUUCCUUUCCAAAAUAUGUAUGUCCAUUCAUGUUACUACAUCUGAUCAUGUCUGUUGUGAUACAAAAAGAUUUAUUCUCAUUAUGGAUUAAGAGUUAUGUUCAGCCAAAAAGCCAUAUUUGCAUUUUAUCAGAUGUAUAGGAGCAAACCUGUAAUUAAUUCAUACCUUUAUUGUUUUGUUCUCUUCCAUCUAUGUAAUCACCUUACAACAUAUAAGUCUCCAGGAUUACUCAUAUUCACUAGAAAAUUUAUCAUUUUAUUUACUUUGUCAUUUUUAUCCUUUGUCUUUUUAGACUUAUUCUUUCUUUAUUUUUCAUCUCCCAAUCCUUUCUCCUUCAUUGCCUAGAACCAUAUCCCCUCAAAAACAAAUCUGACCUCCUUAAAGAACAAAUCCCCUCAAAAAUAAAUCUGACCUCCUUAACCUCCUCUACCUUUUCCCGUUAACUAAGAGAUAACUAUCUCUUGUCACUAUUUGGAGUGAUCUGAUCAUGUUUCAUCCAUCUAAGAAUCAUGAAUCUCAAUGGUGGGUAGCAGACAUUCAUUCAUUUAUCUCUUAUCUAAUAUAUCCAUAGAGUGACUUCUUUAUGGUGCAAAUAUUUCUCUUUCUUUGAAGGUCAUAACUUUUGGCUAUACCAUCUACUAUCCUGACCUAAGCAAUUGAUAGAGGUUAGAAGACUAAAGAAUCAUGAUGUGGCCAUAGUUUAAGGUUGCUUUUAAUUUGACUUGCCCCUAAGUUGGGAAGCAAGAAUACACCAGAAAGUUACUAAAUUGGGGAUAAAACAGAGUGCAUGUAGGUUACAAAUGCUUUACUUUUUUGAUGGGUGCCUGAAGUUCAGUGUUCACUGUAACAAGUAGUGACUAAUAGUCCAUCAGUUCUAGAGUUGCUAAGAACUUAAAUCUCUUUGCUUUUUAUGUGUCUCUGGAAGAAUGGCCACAUAAGAACUCCAGUUUUCACCAAACUAUUUUUUAAGGAAAUUGAUUUUAUGCUACAAUAAUGUACAUUCUUAUAUUAUUUUUCACUCAUUAUGGUAUCAUCUUACAGAAGAUGUUACAGUGGCCUACCCCAGUCCCUUUUUGUUGCUGUGAUUUAUCAGACUCAUUAUCACUUCUAUAUGUUUUUUAGUAUUUACAGAAUUGUUUAAUGAACUUUUCUAUUUAAGUUCAGUUAUCUAUGUCUAUAUGGACCACCUCAUCCACUAUCUAGUCUGAGUUCUGACUCAACUUGAAUAAUCUUUUCCCUACUCUUCCUAGGCAACUUUCUCUCAUGGUGCAGCUGGAGUAUAAUAGUGGAGAGUCAGUAUAUGUUUUGGAAUUUCAUAGGAUAGAGCUUAUAUCCCAUCUUUGCUACUUAUUAGUUGUGUGGCACUAAGAAAGUCACAUGACCACUUAUCCUCGGUUUAAAAGUUCACAUUAAAUUAGACAGCAUGUGUAUGCCAAACAUGGUGCCUACAGAUGCUUAAAAAUGCAAGUUUCGACUCCCCUUCAUAUAGCUAUAUAUUUGAUCUUUUCCUUGUAUAGAAUUUUUAGUCCCUGAAAUCUUAAACUCCCAAUAUGUGCCUUCUUAUCUUUGAGUUGACUAGAUAUAAUUUACAAAUUAAACAAUCUGCUGAUUCUUUCAUUUACUCCCUCAAGUAUAUUAACUCACCUCUCUUUUUUUCUCUGUAUGUCAUAAUUUUCAUGAAUAAAUGCUCCCUAGGCAGGCAACACCUUCCAUUCCUUUGUCUCUGUAAUUCUGCAUCACUAACUCUGUAAUUCUCCAACUUUGAAUCAAUCCAACCAUUUAACUUCUGUGUUCCUCUCCCUGUGUUGAUACCUCUACAUAUUUGUGUUCUAUAGUCUUAGCUAGAACAUAUUGCUUGAUAUGUAUUUUAUGUUCUUGAUAAGGUUCUUUUUCUCUUCUUUUCAACCUUUACUAACUACCUCAAUACUUAAACCACAUCCCUCUUCUCUACUUUGACUUGAUUAUCUUGCCUCAAAUAUUUGAGGGAAUAAUUAACUAUAUAAAAACCCUCAAAUUCUUGUAUUUAUAUGUAUCUAUUAUAUAUAAUAUCCAUGAGUAAUUCUUUCCCUUUUAUCUUUCUGGAAACAAGAUCUGUUCAUUGAUGCAGCGUUACCUAUUUUUCCAGUGAUUAAUGCUUUUUAUUCUUUUUCUUGCUAUUUACAUAUAUAAAGCCAAAUGAUUUUGGAUUUCUACUCCUUGAUUCCAUAGAUGCCUUUAUAGGCCCCAAACCCAAUAGGGGAUCUUCAUGUUGUCACUUGAAUUUUAAUUUUCUUAUUUUAUAAUAUAAUUUAGUGAAUUUUGAUAUGUUUACCACCCAAAAUAGAAAACAGGAGUCAUAUUAGAUUUCUGUUUGUUUCUUAAAUCCUAUAUUAUUUUUAAAAAUGCUAUAUUCUUUUGAUCUCUAAGGUCUACUGUUUUAAUUUCACUGUAUUCUGUGUAGAUUACUGUGAAUAGCAUCCUUUUCUAAUUUCAGUUUCUUCCAAUUAGUUUCUAGAACAUUCUCUCUGAAAUGUGACUAAUGAUAGUCCCUAUCUAAAAUGCUUUGUGUCUUCCUGUUAGCUUUAAUAUGAAGUUAAACUCUUCCUCAUGGUAUAAGGUACUCUGUGAUCUAGCCUUGCCUUUUUUUUUACAUUUGAAUCAAAUGGGGUAUAAUUUCUCAUUUUUCUGAGUGUACAGGUUGCAGAAUCACAUUGGUCAUACAGUCAUGUAUAUACAUACAGCAAUACUAGUGUCUAUUUUAUUCUGCUGUCCUUCUUAUCUCCCCUUUUCCUUUCCUUCCCUCCCAUCACUUCUCUCUACCCAAUCUAAUGUGACACACUUCUUUUUUUUUUCGUCACAACAUCCUACAUGUAUUCUGUAUAACAAUGAGGGUCUCCUUCCAUCUUUCGUGCAAUUCCCCUUCUCCCUCCUUUUCCCUCCCACCUCUCUUCCUUAUUUAGUGGUAAUCUUCUCAUGCUCUCCCUCCCUAUCCCAUUUUGAAUCAUCCCCCUUAUACCCUUAUAUCAGAGAAGACAUUCGGCAUUUGUUUUUUUAGGGAUUGGCUAACUUCAUGUAGCAUAAUCUGCUCUAAUGCCAUCCAUUUCCUUGCAAAUGCCAUGAUCACACUUAUUUCAUUCCUCCUCACUUAACCUGCAGCCACAGGUUGGUAGUUACCGUAAAUGCAGUGCUCUUGCAUGUCUCCAUGCAAUACUCAUUUUCCUCUGCUGAGGAUACCUGGGACUAUUUUUAAAUAAUUUUGAAUACCUCUCAUAUGUGAAACUCUGUAAUAAGUCCUCUUCUAGGUUCCAGGAACAUAAAAAUGACUAACACUUAUUCCAGACCACUGAGAGAAAUUGAGGCAUAAAACUGAAAAAUGGGUGAUUAUAGGUAAUGUCACUUCAGGAGGAACUGUACCUCCCUUGUUCCUUAAUGUCUGCUAUAACCUCAAUAUGACUACACAUAGUACCUGGUCAAAAUCUUGACAUUUUCAAUACUAAUAGUAACAACAUGAUAUCUAUUACUUAUAUAGUUUUUUCCCCCAGGCAUUAAGUGGUUCAACAUAUAUUACCUUAAUUAAUAACUAAAACAACUGAGAAGAGUACAUACAAUUUUUAAUGUCUUUGGUGAGGGAAUUGAUACAUACAGUAUAUGUUUCUUGGUUAACUUUUAUCAUAUAAACUCAUGCUCAGGGUACUGUGAAGUCAUAAGAUAAAAGGACCUAACCCAAUUGGUGUGAUAUAUGAAUGAGUGUCCUCCAAAGGUCCAUAUUUUAAAGACUUAGUCCCUAGAAUGGCACUAUUAAAAGGUGGUGAAACUUUUGUGAGGUGGGGCUUGGUGGAAGUCCUUAGGUCAUUGUGAGUAUGACCCUGAAGGGCAUAGUGGGACCUUGGUCUUUUCUUUCUCUUUUUGCUGCCUGGCUCAUAGGUGAGUGGUUUGCUGUGACACAUGCUCCUUCCAUGAUGUGCCCACCCUACUAGAGGCCCAAAGUGAUAGGUGAACUGGACCCUCCAAAACUAUGAACAAAAACAAACCUUUUCUCUUUAUAAGUGAAUUGCCUCAGUAGAUUUGCUAUAGUGGUGGUAAACUGACUAACAUAUCAACAAUCUUGGCUUAGAAAAGACUUCCUAGAAUAUUCCAUACAAAGGAAAGAGCAUAACAGUAAGACACAUGAAGUAGCUCAGUGUAUUCUGAGCUCUUUGUUAGAGAGAGAAGGCUGGGAAGGAAAGAAGACUGAGAAAUCAUGCCCAGAAAUAUUGCAAGUAUAAGGGAAAGGUAAAAAGUUUAGUUUCUUUAAUUUUUCAAAAUAAUUGUUCCAGAUCCUACAUGACCUAUUAUUAUCUUUGCCUACCCUUGAUUCAGUGUUUCACCAUCUUCAAUUACUUACCUUUCUGAGACCUGCUCCAAGCCUCUGGAGUUCAUUUACUUUCAUUUCCCUGUUGCUUUCAUUUGUAUGUAGUGUUGCUAUUGGAGAUUGUCUACCAGCUUCUCAUUAUUUGUUCUGGGGUAGGUCCCUGGCCAGGUCCCACGGAUGCUCCAAACUCAAAUACAGGAUUAUACCCCCUUUUAGUUUCCAUUUCUAUAUUUGCCAUAGUCAUUCUAAAAUCAGUUCAGAAAAACUUCCAACAAAAACCACACAAUGUACUGAAACAGAUCUCUAACAAAUUCUAAGGUCUUUAUAUUGAGUGAUUUCUUCAGAUGGAUCUUCUUAGAUCCAUUUCAGAAGGUUUAUUUAUUUUUAAGUAUUAAGAAAUAUGAUCCAGGGAGAGGAAGAUGGUGGCGAGGGGAGUGCAUUGCCCCCGUGUGCUGCUUCACUGUGUGGGAGUAUGACAAGUCAGGACGGCUAAAGGCUAUCUUGUUAGGAAUUUCCAGCAAUAGUGGGGUGCUCCGGAACCUGGAGGAAGGAUUUCCAUCGCACGAGGAUCGGCUAUGGGGACUCAAACGCGAGAGGUUUGUCGCACGGAGGGUAACACUGCUUAUUCAGCAAAUCGCCCUGCGGCUAGAGUCUGCAGCGCGCGCGCUGGGAAACGAGGAGAUAGCGACGCAGGGAUACAGCGCUGCAGUUUCUGCCAGCUGUGCAAGCACCGUACUCAGGGCUGAAUUCUGGGUUCGAGACGGGGGAAGGAAGCGGUCCAUCUCGGUUCUCCACACCAGUCAGACCACAGAGGAGGCCAGCGGCCACCAUGUUGGAAAGCUGACGUCACCAUCCCUGUUUUCGACUGACCACAGCUCAUUCAGCCAUAGAACAGGUAAUUUCAGGCUGCCAUUUGCCUGUGGCUUGCAGACAGAUUGCUCGGGCUCGGUGCCUGGGUGCUUCUUAGUGCCUGCUCUUAUCGGAGCGAGCACCAAGCACGGGGCGGCCGAGUUCCGGCUCCCGGAACCGCCCUGGCCCAGGGCUGGGGAGCCUGCGGAGGCUGCUUCUUGGAGUCUGCUCUUAUCAGAGCAUACACCGAGCACAGAGCGGCCGAGUUCCGGCUCCCGGAACUGCCCUGGCCCAGGGCUAGGAGCCCAGGGAAACUGCUUCUCGGUCCGGGUCCUGCUGAGGGCCGGUCAGGACUCACCCAUUGCUUUGGUUGCCCGGCAAGGGGAACGAAAUGCUGCCAUUUGCAUAGGAUACCAACAUGGCAGAGAUCUGAUGUCAUCAGAAAGCAGUGGAGGAGAGAACUUCAUCAAUACCAGCGGCGACAGAAACAGUUGGUCUCCUGGUGGGGGGGUGAGGCACAGAAACCUGAGUCUCUCUCGAUUUGUCGUCGAGCCAGAGGGGAGGAGCUGGGCCACUGCCAGCACCCUGAGCAGGCCCAGCGGCUCGCCGGCGUGGUGACCGCAUGACCCCAAUUGGAGAGGGGGCAGAGCGGAGCCACCACCCGCGCCUGCAAGGUGGGCAGACCCGCGACCCAGUGGUACAUGGGCAGGGUAGGAAGGGCAGGGCAGAGCCGCCACCCGCACUUGCAAGGUAAGCAGACCUGUGACAGACUGGCGGGUCAGGCCCAGGGGCCUGCCAGCGUGGUACACACGUCACCCCAACUGGAGUAGGGGCAGAGCAGAUCCUUCGCCCAUGCCCGGAUCAGGCCCUGCCGGUGUGGUGGUCACGUGACCCCAAUUGGAGUGGGGGCAGAGCGAAACCGCCACCCGUGCCCGCAGGGUGAGCAGACCUGUGACCAACCUGCAGAUCAGGCACAGCGGUCCGCAGGCGUGGUAGGAGGGGCAGGGCAGAGCCGCCACCCGUGCCUGCAAGGUAGGCAGACCUGCGACAAACCGGCGGAUCAGGCCCAGGAGCCUGCCGGCGUGGUAGUCACGACACCCCAAUUGGAGUAGGGGCAGAGCAGAGCCACCACCCGUGCCCGAAAGGUGGGCAGAUCUGCGACCGACCAGCGGGACAGGCCCAGUGGCCUGCCGGUACGACAGACACGUCACCCCAUUUGGAGUAGGGGCAGAGUAGAGCCGCCGCCCGCGCCUGCAGGGUAGGCAAACCUGAAACCGACCGGCGGAUCAGGCCCGGUGGCCUGCCGGCGUGGUACACUCGUCACCCCAAUUGGAGUAGGGGCAGAACAGAGCCGCCGCCCGCGCCUGCAGGAAAGAAACACAAGCAGUAUGAAAAGACAAGGAAAGAAAGGACCACAAACAAUGCAGGUCAACGCAACUUUAGAAGAGGUAACAGCUGCAGCAGAUGAAAUGUCAGAUAAAGAAUUCAGGAUAUACAUGCUUCAGAUGAUCUGGAGUAUCAAGGAAGACAUUAGAUAGCAAAAUCAGACAAUGAAAGAUCACUUCGACAAUGAAUUACGCAAACAAAUCCAGGAAGCAAAGGAUCAACUUUACAGGGAGAUAGAGGUUAUAAAAUCAAACAAACAGAAAUCCUAGAAAUGCAGGAAGCAAUAAACCAACUUAAAAACUCAAUGGAGACUACUACCAGCAGAGUAGAACACUUAGAAGAUAGAACAUUAGACAAUGAAGACAAAGUAUUUCAACUGGAAAAGAACAUAGACAGCUCAGCAAGACUGUUAAGAAACCAUGAGCAGAACAUUCAAGAAAUAUGGGAUAACAUUAAGAGACCAAACUUAAGAGUCAUUGGGAUACAGGAAGGUACAGAACUCCAAACCAAAGGAAUGAGCAGUCUAUUCAAUGAAAUAAUACGAGAAAACUUCCCAGACUUGAAGAAUGAGACAGAAUCCCAAAUCCUAGAAGCCUACAGGACGCCGAAUGUGCAAAAUCAUAAGAGAUCCACACCUAGACACAUUAUAAUGAAGAUGCCCAACAUACAGAAUAAGGAGAGAAUUUUAAAAGCUACAAGAGAAAGGAAGCAGAUUACAUUUAGGGGUAAGCCAAUCAGGAUAACAGCUGAUCUUUCAACACAGACUCUGAAAGCUAGAAGAUCCUGGAAUAACAUAUUUCAAACACUGAAAGAAAAUGGGUUCCAAGCAAGAAUUGUGUAUCCAGGGAAAUUAAGCUUCAGGAUGUAAGAUGAAAUUAAAAUCUUUCACGAUAAACAAAAGUUUAAAGAAUUUGCAGCUAGAAAACCAUCUCUUCAAAACAUCCUCGCCAAAACAAUACAGGAAGAGGAAAUGGAAAAUAACAAUGAGAACCAACAGUGGGAGGUAGGACAGUAAAGGGGGGGAAAAUAAUCAAAGAGGAAAACAAACCAUGUUUAGUAACAGAAAUAAACAAAAAUGGCUGGAAUAACAACCCAUAUCUCAAUAAUAACCCUAAAUGUUAAUGGCUUAAACUCACCAAUUAAGAGACACAGGCUAGUAGAAUGGAUCACAAAACAAGACCCAACAAUAUGCUGCCUACAGGAGACACAUUUGAUAGGAAAGACAUACAUAGGCUGAAGGUGAAAGGUUGGGAAAAAUCAUAUCACUCAUAUGGACUUCGGAAACAAGCAGGAGUGUCCAUACUCAUAUCAAAUAAAAUAGAUUUCAAGCCAAAGUUAAUCAAAAGGGAUAAAGAGGGACACUACAUACUGCUUAAGGGAACCAUACACCAACAAGACAUAACAAUCAUAAAUAUUUAUGCCCCAAACAAUGGUGCAGCUAUGUUCGUCAAACAAACUCUUCUCAAGUUCAAGAGUCUAAUAGACCACCAUACCAUAAUCAUGGGAGACUUCAACACACCUCUCUCGCCACUGGACAGAUCUUCCAAACAAAAGUUGAAUAAGGAAACUAUAGAACUCAAUAACACAAUUAAUAACCUAGACCUAAUUGACAUAUAUAGAGUAUACCACCCAACAUCAAGCAGUUACACUUUUUUCUCAGCAGCACAUGGAUCCUUCUCAAAAAUAGGUCAUAUAUUAUGUCACAGGGCAACUCUUAGACAAUAUAAAGGAGUAGAGAUAAUACCAUGCAUCUUAUCUGAUCAUAAUGGAAUGAAACUGAAAAUAAACGAUAAAAGAAGGAAGGAAAAAGCAUACAUCACUUGGAGAAUGAACAAUAGGUUACUGAAUGAUCAAUAGGUUAUAGAAGACAUCAAGGAGGAAAUUAAAAAAUUCUUAGAGAUAAAUGAAAACACAGACACAACGUAUCGGAAUCUAUGGGACACAUUGAAAGCAGUUCUAAGAGGAAAAUUCAUUGCGUGGAGUUCAUUCCUUAAAAAAAGAAAAAACCAACAAAUAAAUGAUCUCACACUUCAUCUCAAAAUCCUUGAAAAAGAAGAGCAAAACAACAGCAAAAGAAGUAGAAGGCAAGAAAUAAUUAAACUCAGAGCUGAAAUUAAUGAAAUCGAAACAAAAUAAACAAUCGAAAAAAUUGACAAAACUAAAAGUUGGUUCUUUGAAAAAAUAAACAAAAUCAACAGACCCUUAG